AUGCCAAUUCCUAAUGGCUUAACUUGGUCUUUAAGGAAAAUUUGGCAUAAUAGAGAAGUCUUUCUGCAGGCUAGUGGAGUUGAUCAGUUUGUGCAGGCUGCAGGCUGGAAGAGAUUGAUUUGUAAUAGCCAUGCUAGUCCAAAGAGUACUUUCAUUAUGUGGCUAGCAGUGCAGAACAGGCUAGCUACAAAAGACAGAUUAAUAAGAUGGCAGCUGAAUAUUGAUGGUACUUGUGGCAUGUGUCAGUUGGAAAGUGAAAGCUUGGAGCAUUUGUUCUUCUCUUGUUCUUAUUCUAAGGAGAUUUGGAGACAGGUUCUGCUUUAUCUAGGUGUGACUAGAGCUGUGUUGCCUUGGCAAGAAGAAGUCCAGAUUGCAGUGAAGAGAAGCAGAAGUAAAAAGAAGAAGGCUUGCAAGUAUAGUAUAGCUUUCAUUGAGUCAGUUUACUGUAUCUGGUUGCAAAGAAAUUUUAAGGUGUUUAGGGAUCAUGUUGAUCCAGUCAAAACUGUUGUUAGCAACAUUAUGUUUAAUGUUGAGUGUAGAUUGCUCUCGCUAAAAAGAAUGGCAUUGAUUGUGGAUAAUAUGAUAUUGGAUUCAUGGAACGAGAUCAGCUAUCACAAGCAUAUGUAUAUUCGUGAAGAUGUGUCGUUGGUUGAUUAA